AUGCCUGGUCCAGGUAUAGGAUGGACAGUCACUAGAUCUGCCCAAGAAGAUAUUUCAUGUACUCCUUGUGAAUAUUGCAAUUUAACCACAUGGCCAAUAUCUGCAAAUUUUCUGAAAAUUUCCCAAUUAGAUAACAGUGCACUCUCUCCUAACUCGCCAAGUGUAGAGAAAUUGAUUAAUAUGUUACUGGCUCUUUUAAAAAUAGUGAAUCUUGUGGACGGUAAAAUAUUUCAAACACUACUCUUAGUAAGUAAUAUUGUUCAGUCUUUCAUCACGGCAGGGUGCAGUAACAAAAUGAGUAAAUACUUAUCAGAAACCGAUUUCGAAAGGUUAACCUAUAAUGUUUAUGUAAAUAAAGCCUGCAAUGUCAUAUUGAGGGUGGACAUUUUUUUACCCUCCCUUGGUACAGUGCGUUAUGGAAAAAAGGUUGGUCAAUGCAGGGUUUUUUUAACCUCCCAGACCAUUAAAGGUGCACAGCAGUUAAUUAUAAAAACUUUUAUCUCACUCAAGAGUGUUCAAUAA